AUAAAAACAUAACGAGUCUCCCUAACGAGUCACAACUCACAACUCACUGACUCAGUGUCCAAUUCCGACAAAUUGAGGCUCUACUCGACAGAACAACUACCCAUGAUUUCAUUCGACCUUCGAUUCCUCUUCCGCUUCAACUCUUCGUUCCUCGUUCGCUGUCCAUUUCGUUGCAAUCUUGGUUCUUGCGUUUUCUUUUUCUCCUGAAUCUGGGUGCUUCAAUUUCGGUGCAAACUGGCUAUGGACUACGAACCCUACUAUAGUAGCGGAACUGAUGAUGAUCUUCCACCAACACAUCAAAAUAGAAUCCCCAGAGGGGAACGUCUUGCAGGAAAUGGAAGAUUGCCAGCAGGUUCAAUUCCAUACCCAAGGAUGCAUGGUGAAAUUGAUAUGGAAACUCAAAUUCACCAACUUGAGAAGGAAGCAUACAGUUCAAUUCUACGGGCAUUUAAAGCUCAAGCUGAUGCCAUUUCUUGGGAGAAGGAAAGUUUGAUUACAGAACUUAGAAAAGAACUAAGAUUAUCAAAUGAGGAACACAGAGAACUUCUAGGUCAUGUUAAUGCAGAUGAUGUCAUACAAAAUAUAAGGGAGUGGAGACAGGCAGGAGGCAAUCAGCCUGUUGUGCUGAGUGUUGGGCAAGCUAUUCAUGAUUCAAUUCCAAGUCCCACUAUCUCUGCAUCUCGUAAGAAGCUGAAGAUAACUCCAUCUGCACCAUCACAAUCUUUUGGUGGGCCUUCUGCAUUUUGUCCCCAACCCGUGGCUGCACCCCUUCAGCCAUCUUCAGUGGCAAAACGAGGAUCCAUUUCUGGAUCUAAGGGCAAGAAGCACAAACCUGGCCAAGUAUUACCUGGUGUAUCUUCAAUAAAGCAAUACCCUUCAUCAGGACUAGGUGGAAGGAAUCAAGUACCUAAUAGAGUUACUUCUGGUACUGUCAUGGGUGAGGUUGCCAAGGGAGCAUCGUUGGAUUCAUUAGUUGGUAGAAGAGUGAGAACAAGAUGGCCUGAUGACAACAACUUUUAUGAAGCCAUUAUCUCCGACUACAAUCGAACUAAAGGUCUACAUGCUUUGCUCUAUGACUUGGGGACUGCAAAUGAAUCAUGGGAAUGGGUUAAUCUGUCAGAGAUGUCUCCUGAAGAUAUUCAGUGGGUAGGUGGGGAUCCUGGAGUCAAUCAUCGUGGGGGUUUUGCUGGAUCUGGUAAUGGGAUGAGUAUAUCUGUAAGACAUGAUAGUGUUCCAGGAGCUGGAAGAGGUAGGGGAACUGCAAAGGGGCAAUCCAGAAAAGAUUUCUUUCCAUCACAGAAUGGAAUAGGAAUGAAGACUCCAGAUGAUAUACAAAUACUUCACACAGACACACUAGUGAAGGAGGUGGAGAGGGUAUUCAAUGCAAAUCAUCCUGAUGCGCUUGAAAUUGAGCAAGUCAAGAAAAUAUUGAAGGAUCAUGAGCAAGCUCUUAUUGAUGCAAUUGCAAGGCUUGCAGAUCUUUCGGAUGACGAAAGUGAUACAGAUGAGGAGGGUAGCCACCAUUUCUCACAUGCUCAAGCAAUGGCUCACUAAUGUGGAAGACCAUCUUUUGUACAAUGGGCGGAGGAGGCAUUAUGGUAGCAACCACGUGGAAAAGACUGAAUUUCUCGUGUUGUUGUGCAAUAAAAGAUAAUUUCCCUGACAGAUUGUGGCUCUUGUGCAUUUGUCAUUUGAAUUUAAGUAGGUUGAAAAUUAGGUAGUUUAGUUAUCAUUAUUCAUUGAGAUUUUAAGAAUUGACACAGGACCAGCUGAUGCUUGUAAACAACGCAUGAUAGUGUAUAAAUUCUUGUAUUUGCUGUUUAUUGUGUAUGGCUCCAUUCUUCUAUCAA